UCCAUCAACAAUAUACAUCUGAGAUACCAAUACUCCCACUAGAUAUCUUAUCAAUCAUGAAGUCUUUUGCGUUCUUGGUUCUUUUUCUCUUCGCAGCACAAUCUUUUAGCGUCUAUGCAGGCAGCUUUCACAAAGACGUCAAGAUACAUUGGGGUGAUGGUCGUGGAAAGAUUCACGAUAAUCAAGGGAAGCUUCUUUCUCUCUCGCUCGACAAAUCCUCUGGCUCAGGUUUCCAGUCCAAUCAGGAGUUUCUCUAUGGCAAAGCCGAGGUUCAGAUGAAGCUUGUCCCUGGUAACUCUGCUGGAACCGUCACGACAUUCUAUCUUAAAUCUCCCGGAACUACUUGGGAUGAGAUUGAUUUCGAGUUCUUGGGGAACAUAAGUGGUCAUCCAAUCACUCUCCAUACUAAUGUUUACACAAAAGGCUCAGGAGACAAAGAACAACAGUUUCAUCUAUGGUUCGACCCAACCGCUGACUUCCACACUUACUGUAUUACAUGGAACCCCCAAAGGAUUAUUUUUACAGUUGAUGGAAUCCCGAUAAGAGAGUUCAUGAAUGCCGAGUCACGUGGAGUCCCAUUCCCAACGAAGCAACCAAUGAGGCUAUACGCGAGUCUGUGGGAAGCUGAGCAUUGGGCCACAAGAGGAGGAUUAGAGAAAACCGAUUGGUCAAAGGCUCCUUUCACUGCUUUCUACAGAAACUACAAUGUUGAGGGAUGUGUAUGGGCUAAUGGGAGAUCAUCUUGCCCCGCAAAUUCACAGUGGUUCACUCAAAAACUCGAUCCCAACGGGCAGACAAGAAUGAAAGCGGUACAGAGUAAAUACAUGGUUUACAACUAUUGCAAUGAUAAAAAUAGAUUCCCUCGAGGUGUUCCUCCAGAAUGCAGCUAAACUAUUGAUUCUUUGAUUCGUGAAUAAGUUACUUAGACAUUGUCUUUGUCACUCAAUAUAUGGUUCUCAUCUAUUAUUUAUCAUUCAUUUGUUUCUCACUCAUGUACGUGGUGUCUGUGUAAGAUUUAUAAAGUAUCAAUAAAUAAUGAGUUCUUCCAUUAA